AUGUUUGAAUUCAUCUCAGUUGUCCCUCCAAAUGACAAUGACAACUAUGACCCGUUGGUUUUGGACUCGGAUAAUGAGGACGACGAUCCUACGGAUUCCUUGAGCAAUACCUCUAAUAUACAGGCCAGACUGAUCACACUUGACCAUGAAACCAACAUCUUGGCUGACCCUGGCUGGGACGGUGUCAGUGAUAUUUCCUACCUAGAAGAUGUGAUCCCAAAGAUUGAUCUUAUCAUCCUAUCACAAACUACUGUCGAGUAUCUAGGUGCUUUCGCGUACCUUCUGCACAAGUAUCCUAUAUUAAAAAAGGUCAAUACUUAUGCUACCUUACCUAUUUGCAAGCUAGGUCGUCUAUCUACAAUUGAACUAUACCGAUCUGCCGGUCUUACAGGUGCUGUAGAAGGUUCUAUUAUGGAGGUAGAGGAUAUUGGGACGUAUUUCAACUCAAUUAUACCUCUCAACUACUCGCAAUCGAUCAGUUUGCAGGGCAAAUUGGCAGGAAUCACCAUUACUGCCUAUAAUUCUGGCCAUACUUUGGGUGGAUCGGUUUGGCUUUUCAACAAGGAGGCUGAAAAAGUCGUCUACGCUCCUGUCUGGAACCACUCUAAGGAUCUAUUCCUUAAGCCUUGCAAGCUUUUAAACCAUUCAUCUUUGGCAAGACCCACUACAUUUCUUACGGGUUCAGACCUUGGUUCUUCAACUUCUCAUCAGAAAAGAAUUGAUAAUUUCUUACAACUAGUGGAAUUAACCCUUUACAAUGGUACUUCCAUCUUAAUUCCUACCUCUCUCAGUGGUAGAUUCUUUGAACUCUUACCAUUUUUGGACCAGAAAGUGCCCAGAGAAAUCCCCUUCUAUCUUGUAGCUUACACAGGCAUUAAAUCCUUGAAGUCUUCUUCGAAUAUGUUGGAAUGGAUGUCUCCUGAUGUUACAAAAAACUGGGAAAGCCAGAAUAGAAGUCCCUUUGAUUCGACGCGUAUUAAGCUUAUCACUAUGAAGGAUCUGACCUCGAGGGGAUCUUCAGGUCCUAAAAUCGUAUUUGUGGAAAGUCUAGGUUUUAGUGAGGGUUCUUUAGCAAGACCAACAUUUAUAGAACUUUGUUCGAAACAGAACACUGCUUUGUUCCUCACAGAAAGACCUAGUUCCGGAACCAUGUUGUUUGAUAUCUACAAGUCAUGGGAAGAAACGGUUUCAAAAGAUGGCAACUUGAAGGAUGGUUCGUUGAUUAUUUUUGAAAAGGAACUUUCGGUAAAGGUGACUAAGGAAACUGCAUUAAGAGGGAAGGACUUGAAUAAGUAUUUGAAAAAGAUCGAUGAUAGAAGAGAAAAGAAAAAACAGAUGGAGUUAGAAGAGAAGAAGACCAAUAAUCUAUUGGAUAAUAUGAUCGACGAGGAUGAAGAUGAAGAUGAAGAGGAGGACGAAGAAGAGGAGGAAGACAAGGAUGAGGAAGCAGAAAAAGAAGAAAAAGAAGACGAAGAGAAGGUGCGUAGAGAGAAAUUGGGAUUAAACAACGGAGAAAAUGAUGAAUUCAAGGCCAGUGCUACUACACUUAGUGCCAUAUCGAAAUCACGUACGAAAGAUGAGGAAAUACAUGUUACAGCGAAGGACCUUCUUGAGAUGCCGAUGGACUUUGAUAUUCGAAAUGUCAAGGCCAACAAGAACAAGAUGUUCCCAUUUAUAGUGGAUCGGAUCAACGUAGACGAUUAUGGUACUGUGAUUAACCAUGACGAUUUUAAGCGUGAGGAGGAGAAGUUUUUCUCAGUGAAAAGAGACUUUGAGGAAAUCAACGAGGAAGAAAGUAAUGACGGAACGAGAAAGAGAAGACGGUUAAGACCACAGAUUCAGGAGGAUGUUGUGACGUUGUACAGUAUGGACUCGAAGAAGAAUCCAGUGCUGCGGACAGUUAAGACUAGGAAAGUUCGUGUCAGAUGUGGCCUCACCUUCAUUGAUCUCUCUGGAUUGACUGACAUGAGGUCGUGGAAGUUUAAUACGAACGGAAUUAAACCACGAAAAGUGAUUGUUCUGCCGAACAACACGUACUCUGGUUAUUUGGGUGACUCUCGAACAAUUAUGGAGUCCCUUAUCAAGCAGCAGAGAAACAAGUUGGGUUUACACGGAACAGAUAAUGGUGAAAACCUUAACGCUUUUCAUAGUCAGUCGUCCAAUGGAGUGUUGGGAAUUGAUUUCAUCAGAGGAAAAUUGAAUGAAAAGAUCAAUUUGGGUAGCGUAAUAUCUUCGUACUCUCUUCAGAUCGAUGAUGAGAUUGGUGGCGAGCUCCAGUGGCAAGUGAUUACAGGGGGAUAUUCUCUUUCGCACAUAUCGGGAGAAGUGAUCAGGUUGAAGAAUGGAUUCAAAUUGGUUCCGUCUAAUAAGAGUAUUAAGACUACCAACAACAAGAUUAGUAUCGGCGACGUCAAGUUGAAUGAACUCAGAAAGAGAUUAAAGGAGCUGAACCAUAUCGUAGAGUUCAAGGGAGAUGGAACGCUUGUGGUGGAUAACCAAUUGGCAGUGAGAAAGGUUAGCGACGGUAAUCUGAUGAUCGAUGGAGGAACAGGAGAGCUCUUCUAUAAGGUGAGAGACCAGAUUCAAAGCAUGCUUGCAUAUGUAUAA